AUGCCACAGGACCUCCCAGACCCCCUCAGCGCCGCUGACGUGGACGCCGACAGACAUUGCGGCCCACGCUGGCGGGACGAUGACGCGGAUACUGCUGCAGCCUUCGAAAACAGAAGCGAUGAUGACGUGGCAGUUGCGGAUUUGCCGCCGCGACGAGACACGGCAUCCGCGGAGCCCGCACUGCCGCGUUGCGACAUCAUGCGGCUGCCGCCUGCGCUGCUCGCCCGCGUUAUGCGGCGAGUCGACUUCCGCGAUCGCAUCGCGGCAAGCAUGACCUGCUCCACGUGGCGCCUCCUCGCAUCUGCUGUUCCCCCAGAAGAUUCGUUCUUAGAACCAGAACCGGAGAUUAACUACGUCCCAGGAGGAAUUUCCGGCGGUCCUUUCGGCGGUUUGAGCCGCAGAAACAGCAUAGCAGCAGGGGGGCGCUUGUUUAGAACCAGUAGCGUUGCCUCCGCCGCCGCCGCCGGAUCUGGCGGCGGGUUAGCUCGAACAAGCAGCGUCGCCGCAGUAGCAGCGCGAGGCAUUCCAGCCUUCGUUAGAAGCACGAGCUUCUCUAGUAGAUCUGAUUCGGCUAGUAUCAGCGAUUCGUCAGGCAUUAUGAGCGGGGGCGCCGCCGCCGGCACGAACGCCGUUCCGUCCUUGCCCGAAUCUUGGAAGGAUCUGCCUCCGGACGAGCAAGAAAUGGCGGCGUCCGCAGCCGCCGCCACAGAUGACGGCGAUAUCUCCUGGUGGCGAUCCGUAGACGGGCAAUCGUGGACCAAUCAGCGAGUAGUUGUCGUCACGCUACCGGCCGGGGCAGCUUCCGCGAAGGAGAGUCCUGCGGCGCCGCUUCCGCCGGCUUUUGCGGCGGGGUUGGCGCCGCGGCUAGCGGCGAGCGAAGCACGACUAAGCGGUCUUCACGCGAGCAGGAGCCUUGACGAUUUGGAUCCCCGCGCCGCCGCCGUAAAGUCAGCCGUUGCUUCAGCGUUCGCUCCUUCCGCCCAUUCCGCGCACGCUUCCGCAUCCCCCGCCUUCUCCGCGUUCCCCCAUUCCCGCUCGCCUUCCGCCUCCCCCGUUGCCUUCCGCCGCCAGCCUGGGGAUGUGUUCUUGCGCAAGGCGGCGGAGCUCGCGGGUCCCGCGGCUCGCCACGUGGCCGCCUCCGCGUGCUCGUUCGUGGGCGUCGCGAGCAUCGCCGUAUCUUGCGGAGCCGCGCUUCGAUCCCUGCAUCUGUCCCGCUUUAUCGGCGACGUUAACGCCGCGCUCCUUGCGAUCGCCGGCAAGUGCCGCCGUCUGCAGGAGCUCCACGUGGCGGUCUGCCCGCAACUCACGGCGAUCCACGCGCAGGCGCAGCAGGGGGAGGGGGAGGCCAGCGAGGGCGGCGCAGCAGGCGAUCGCAGCAGCAUCGGCGGCGGCAGCGGAUCAGCUUAUAUCGGGGGCAGCGGAUCUGGGCCUAGACGAACCCCUCGCGCUGGGAUGGGGGGGAUUGGGGGGAGCAGGGGAACUGGCGCGGGGGGAAGCGGCGGGCAUGGCGGAAGCGGGGAAAGCGGAAGCGGCGGAAACGGGGGACCUGGUGGCGGAAGCGGGGGAGGUCCGGGGGGCGGAGCUGCAGCAGUGCGGAGCGGAUCGCUCUCCGCGCUAGUGAACGGGUGCAGGCAGCUGACGUGUCUGUCUCUGACUGGCUGCAGGGUGGGGCACGCGCAGGCGGAGGUGCUUAUAAGGGGGAUGAAGCAGCGGCUGUUGCGGCUCGAGGUGGCGAUGGGCGGAGGAUGGCGGGACGGGGGGAGCACUGUAGCCAUGUCCGCGCUCUUCUCGUCCGUUGCUGGUGUCUGUCUGACGCUGCUUGCACCGCCCUCCUCCCUUUCCUUCCCCCUCACCCCCUCCCGCCCGUCCUCUUCCCCCCAUUCUCCCCUCCCAUUCCCGCCCUCCACAGCCUGCUGUCCCAGCAUCGAGAGGCUGCUAGUGCGCACCACGCUCAAGGUGUCCGACGGUGCUCUCGCCUCUCUGCUCGCCUCUUGUCCGCGACUGACGCACCUCCACUUCGCAGGGGAGCGACUCACGCCCAAAGGCUACUCCGUCUGGUCGCGCCUGCUCUCCCUCUCCAUCCCCUCUGCUUACUUCUCUGAUGGAGCCAUUGACGCUCUCCGUGCCCUUGCACCCGCCUCCUCCCCACCCUCCUCCUCCCAACCCUCCUCUCCAUCCCAUCCUCCCUCCUCUCCCUCCCUUCCACCCUCCUCUCCCUCCCUUCCACCCUCCUCUCCUUCCAAUCCACCCUCCUCUCCUCCCCCUCCCCCUUCUCCCUCCCAACACCCCCCUCCUCCUCUCCUCCCCUCUCCGCUCUGGUCGCUCCACUCUCUCACAAUGGACAACUGCCGCCGCCCCGAGGUCAUACCCGUUAUAGCGCGCCUCGCGCCCGGGUUGAGGCACGUGCGGAUGAAGCAUGUGGCGGGACUGACGGACGAUCUACUGGCUGAUGUGGGCCGGUGCUGCCCUGGAUUGGCGUCUCUGGACGUCUCCUUCUGUUCGGCUAUCACAUCCUGUGGCAUCUCAUCUCUCAUCCGAGCAUGCACGCAACUCGAGUCCCUGACCUGCCAAGUAACUGGAGCUUCACCUUUAUCGUCUUCCACCCUCUCUGCCUGCUCUCCCGUUGUGCCUAUGGACAUUCAAGCCCUUGCCACUCUUGUUGCCUGCUGCCCGAGACUCACAUCUGUAUCCUCUUUGCGCCCGAUUUCUCUUCACAUCUUACCAGUUCGGGUACCCCUAUCCACUCCUCUCCUCCCUCUCCUCUCCUCCCUCUCCUCGCUCUCUCACCUCUCCCCACCCCACAAACCCCAUCAACCCACGCCAUCUCUCCCCCAACCCACCACCUCCACACUCCCCGCCUUCCCUCUCUACACCUCCCUCCCCUCCUUCCUCCUCCUCACCUCCCUAGGCCCAACCCUCCGCUCCCUCUCUCUCUUCGGCCACCAGUCCUGUGAUUUCCCCGACAUCAAUGCCAGCCUGGCAGUCUUAUCCUCCUCCGCCUGCUCCCGAUUGGAACACCUGGCAAUCCGCCACGUGGACAGUGUCAUGGAUUGGGCAGUCGAGGCGAUGUGCCAGGCUGGCAGUGCAGUUGCUGUGAACCUGAAAAAACUAUCUUUGGAUGGAAUUAACUUGACGGAUAGAGCGAUGGGAUUGGCUGCUGCGGCAAUGCAGCGGCUACAGGAACUGGAGCUGCUGCCAGCGGUGAAUAUUGGCUUGUCUGAUGGAUCUGAUUCGGCGGACGGCAUGGAUCGGGUUGAUGUGGGGCACGGUGUUUCGGCUGGUGCGGUGGGGACGCAGAGAAGGGAUGCAGCAGUGGUGCUGUCGGGGCGUGGUGUUCCUCCGAUCCAAGGCAGGUGUUAG